AUGGUCCUAAUCACCCAACUUGGUGCUGCCCUGGCAGUAUUUUCUGCCCUGACCGUAGCUGCACCCACGAAAGGAAAGGCACGGUUCAGCGCUCCCCAGGUUGGAAUUCCCAAGAAGGCGAAACACCAUCCUGCUGCGGCUUAUGCUCGUGCCUUGCACAAGUUCGGCAUGAAGAUCCCCAAAGCUGUGAGUGAUGCCGCCAAGGGAAGUGUGCCUACCACCCCAACCCAAAAUGAUGAACAAUACGUGACCCAGGUCACAGUCGGGGGGAGUACAUUGAACCUUGACCUUGACACCGGUUCAGCUGAUCUUUGGGUAUUCUCUACCGAAACCCCCCAAGACGAGAGCCAGGGACAUAACAUCUAUAAGCCAAGCUCGGGGGCAAAACGUCUCGAUGGAUAUUCCUGGGAGAUUAAGUAUGGCGAUUCUAGCUCAGCUCACGGAGAUGUUUUCCUCGACACAGUCACAGUCGGAGGCGUUACCACUUCCUCCCAGGCCGUCGAGUCCGCGAAAGAAGUGAGCAGCCAGUUUGUCAAGGACAAAGCCACUGAUGGCUUGAUGGGACUGUCCUUCAGCGUCCUUAACACCGUCCAACCGCAGCCUCAAAAGACCUUCUUUGAUAAUGUCUUGAGCCAGCUUGAGCAACCUCUGUUCACAUGCACCCUCAAGCAUGGCGAACCGGGAACGUAUGACUUUGGGUAUAUCGAUGAUUCGAAACAUACUGGAGAGAUCGCCUAUACCCAGGUAGACAAUAGCAACGGAUGGUGGGGAUUCACUGCGGAUGGCUAUUCUAUUGGAGGAGGUUCCAACUCAUCCUAUUCGCUCUAUGGAGCUCAGCACAAGAGAGCCAAUGGAGGUUCUAUUUCAGGCAUUGCUGACACGGGUACCACUCUCAUGCUCCUCAGUGACGAUGUUGUUGGGGAUUACUACCAGAACGUCCAAGGUGCGACACAAGAUCAGAUGCAAGGCGGCUGGGUAUUCCCUUGUGAUGCUAAUCUCCCCGACUUUAUCCUCAACAUCGGCGGAUACAAUGCUGUUGUUCCCGGUAAGUUUAUGAACUUCCAGGAAAUCGAUAAUUCGAUGUGUUUCGGUGGUCUUCAAUCGAGUGGUGGUGGCAGUACACCAAACAUAUUUGGUGAUGUAUUCUUGAAGAGCCAAUUUGUUGUAUGGGACACUCAAGGCCCUCGCAUUGGCUUUGCUCCUCAGGCAUAA